CAAACGUCGAAAAUUCUCGAAGGGCAGGUUUCAAGUGACCCUGGUCCCAGAUGACUGUUUACAUGCCGCAACGUAUAGCCGAUGCCCCGCCCACUUUCACUACCUAACGAUCAACCAUCUCGCUGUUCUACGACCAACGUACCAAGCUACCUAGGAGCCUGUUGCGAUAGUCCACCCACUCUCGUCCUGAGCACCUCUACCUAGGUAAUUGCAAUAUGUCUGUCUCUGUCACAAGCGCAGAGGCGGCGGCACCGUCCACGCGGCUACAGCCCUAUCAGUGCCAGACCUGUGGGAGUCGCUUCACUCGUUACGAGAAUCUGAAGCGACAUGCUACGGUGCAUUCUCGCUCUGGAAGUGAAGCAUCUCUCCCCUGCGGAUAUUGCCAGACCACCUUCUCACGCCGAGAUCUGCGUUCUCGACAUAUCAAGAAGAAACAUCCGGAGCAGCUAGAACGACGAGCUGGCAACUGUCGCGAUGAGGAUUCAUUCAGAGAUAACUCGCGGCUCCAAGAGAGCGGCCCCUCGUCUGCGUUACCCCAAGAUAUACCUUUUGGGCUGCAGGGGCAGUCUCAACAUUCCUUCGUGAAUGUGGAUUCCGCGAUGGGUGAUUGGGUUGAGCCAGUACUCCUUCCACAUGCGCAACCGUCGCUUGUCCACUAUAACCAAGAUUAUCUCGGUCUCUCCCACGACAUUAAUGCUUCGACAAGCACACAAGCGCAAAGCCACGAACCUGUCCAUGGUUUAGCUCAAACACUGUCAAGAAGCAACCCAAAAGACGUCGAUCAAAAUGGCUUCGAGCAAAAUCUAUCGUUUGAGCCAUCCAGCAUCAACUCCGCAUAUCUCUUCGACUCACAAUCCCAUACAAAUUCACCUCCGGCAUCCUACAUCCCAGAUGGAUUGUCGCCAAAAGAUGUAGGAUACCUUAUGGAUGAUUGGUUCCCAUCGCCAUCACAGUCUGCCCGUGGAUAUCAGCUAUACUUCAGUAAUGUUUCGCAGUUUGUACCCUUCCUUCACCGCCCAACCUUCGACGCCACGGAGACACCCCGCCACCUUGGUCUCAGUAUGCUUUGUUUGGCCUAUCAGUACGGUGAAGAUCCAGAUUGUGGCGAAGAAGCCGGUUCUGGCGAAAGACUGUCUCAACGCUGCUUCCACCGAGCUCGUGUCGUUGCUGCGGAAGAGGAAGAGAGAGUGGUCGGCCUAACUCAAACAAUCGUCUUGGUUCAGGCAUACUGGCUGCUCCAAGUUUAUGUAAUGAUGUAUCUUUGUGGUUCAGACUCAGCUUACGGCCACAAGAUGCACUCUCGAAUGAUAUCACUCACUCGAUUUGGAGGUCUGACGCAACCAAUGCCAGGGGAGUCUACAACAACUGAAGACCUGGACGAUCUAUGGCGGGAAUUUAUCAAAACCGAAUCGCACAAGCGAACGGUUCUUGCUGUCCAUCAAAUUGACGCUCUGUGGUAUCAGCUCUUUUCCAUCCCACGAUCGCUUUCGCAUCUCGAAAUCAAGCACGAUUUGCCAUGUCCAGAAGACUGCUGGACAGCGUUCUCCUCAGCUCUAUGGGCACACAGACAACUGGCCGCUAGACAGUCAACUCCACUCGUACCAUACUCGGAUGCUAUCAAAUUGUUCUUAUCUCCAACUCCCGACAUCGAGUCUCUCCCAAAGUUUGAUCUAUACGGAGCUAUCAAUAUUGCGCAAUUCCUACUUUCUAGCGCUCGCGAGGUAUCAGGAUGGUCUACAAUGACAGGGAGGCUUAGCAUGGAGAGAUUUGAGCCUCUACAGACAUCGCUUUUUGCACUCGAACGUUUGAUACGCCCACCGACAGAAACAGUACAGUCAACACAUGCAAUAUCAUGUGAGGCUACAUGGGAGAUGGCUAUGCUUGAACUACUCCUCUGGUCCCCCCUGCACACAUCUGGAGUCGUAGGAGGAAGUGUAGAUACUUUUUUGACCCAGUCUACCUAUCUUGCGUCCUCAUGCCAGCUCUUGCACGAGACAGUCACAAAAACCGCAGCUCAUCCCCAUGUUGACUGGUUCCUCAGAUACCUCGAGACUACACCAACUUUCGAGUUCGAACCUCCAUGGCUGAUUCUUUACGCGUACAAAGCCUUUUUAAUUGCCUGGCAGCUUGUACGUGAAGGAUUUCCUGGCGCGAUGCUGAUCGUUGGGGUGAAUGAUAGUGAUGUUCGUGGUGCGGUUUUGUGGGCAAAGAGGGUUUUCCACCGAAAGUCUCGACAACGGCUCAGCAAACUCAUCGACACAUGUUUAGAUAGUCUGGAAGAAUGAAAACACUAUUCUCCCAAAAAAAAACUUUCAGGGUCAUCGGAUUUUAACAGCUGUUUUUGCAUUCGCGACGAGAGUGAUAGCCUUGCGAUGCAAGGCUGAAGAGAGUCGGCAGCCAAGACACUAGCGCAGCACUAGUGUAUCGGGCCUUCAAAAAGAAUUCUGCUCAGUAAAAUUUCUGUUCAUCUUCAUCGACCAUCAUUAUCUCCAUCCUCGGCCAAUGGCUGCAAAUAACACCACACCGCUGCUGCACUCGAGAAGGAAGUAUUUUUGACCAAGGAUUCUCAAUUCAAUGGGCUAGUACAUUUCCUGUCAAGCCUUGAAUCGAUGGAACAAGUUGCAGCAGCCAGUGACUUGGUGAGCAUGACCAAGCCGACUAAGGAGGGGACUUGACAUGGAGAAAGAGGAGGAAAACACACCAGCUUCAAAAUUAAAUGCUAGAGCCCGCCGUAUCCAUUCCAAGAACGAGCGAGUGUGGACAAUGAAGCAAGAGGAAUAUCCGAUCGAGAUUUUGAUUCUUCGAGACCUUCCUCAGGGUACACAAUCUACUGGGCCACUUCGUGGGUCUGGUGCUUGGUACUGUUUGGAGACAUACAUAGCA